UGGCCACCUGUCAAAUGCGGAAUGUCAGUACUCAGUCGCAGUCCGCAACCGGCUGGCGAUUGACGCGCGUAUUAAACAUUUCACCAAUAAACAAAAUACUAUCUAAUAAACAAAAUUAACGUGCAUCAUUCCGGUUUAUAUAAUCUAUAUUUUAAUUUACCAAACAAGGCGGCCGACCGUAGUGAAUUUGCAGAAGUGUUACAAGUGAAAGGAAUCAAGUUGCGGUUGAAGUGUUCAGUGAAUUUGUGAGCAAGUGUCACAAGUUACUUUCAUUUCAUCAAAUUCUUGAAUGAUAUGAAGAAGUUAUAAGUGAGAUGAGCAACGGCCGCUAACUGGCGGAACCUGUAGGAGUUAAUUCGUUGGCUGCUGGUAAAUGAUCAUAUAGUGAAGAAUGCCGGCGCUCCGGCUUUUGGGGCGAAAAUGGCUGGCAGCCUCAGACGAUCUCGUUUUCCCAAGUAUAUUCGAACUUCUAUUUCGAUUCGUUUGGUUGGUUCUCAUCGCUUUAGUAGUGGAAGUACUGUAUCCAGUGACAUGGCAGUGUCAGACCGAGGGCUGGACGGGUGGAGCGUUUGUGAGGCUCUAUCUUUGCGGGAAUCUAGCAUUACAAGCCAGUCUCAUGCUGCUCCUCUCGGCCCUGGCUCAGCAAUCCGCAAAAGGCACCAUCACAGACACCGACGCGCGAAAGCUGGUGUCACCUUUACUAUUACUUAAAGUAUUUCUGGUGCUACCGGAAGUGGCGUUAAACGUGAUGGGUACUAUGUGGAUGUACUGUGACGUCAUCGAGUGUGACGUAACGGACAAAUUCUCCAGUAUUGUUAUACAAAGUAUAGUAUUAUUCAACUGGGUGCAAUUAGCACUCACAAUAUUCGGCUUGUUCAUGGUAUUUGACCCCCUGGGGUCAGUGAACUACGAUGAGAUGCUGGACACGCCGAACCAGGCCCGGCAUCACAGGAAGGUCACGGGUCUCUGGUCCAGAAGGUUCCGGUGGGCGUUCUGUUGGUUAAAAAGAGACGAACAUGGGAAGGAGGCUUUUCAGCAAGUCGCUGCGUUACUAAGCGCCCUAUUCAGGUCGACAGACCUUGUGCCCUCAGAUGUGGUCGCCGGCUGUGUCCUAUUAAGGGUAAGACAGAAGCGCGAAACGCGAGAAAUGCGACGAAUACAAAUGCUGAACGAUGAAGAGCCAAUAUACACCACGGAUGUGAACAAAGUGUUCUCUGAAACACCGCCUUGGAUGAAUUUAGAUCACGCGCUGCACUAUUUAAGGCUUUCAAUCGCCGCCUACGGAUGGCCGUACGUACUUUAUCGCCACUGUUUCACGGGAUUCUGCAAGUUGGCACGCCACCUGACUUGUUGCUGCUGUAGGCCAAAGAAUACAAUCGUAUCAGACGACAACUGCUGUCUCUGCCACUUUGCUGGAGUCAAAUACAUGUCAAAACUUUCUGCUGAUGACAUCAUAUUUGCAUCAUUCAACAACCGAGUUUUUGAACUUCCAUUCUGUGUGAUCGUGGACCAUGAGCGUGAGAGCAUAGUGGUCGCUAUCAGGGGCUCGAUAUCACUCAGUGAUAUUUUCACCGACUUUACAGCAGGUUCCGAGAGGUUCGAAGCUGAUGGUUUACCUGAAGGCACUGCGGCUCACAAGGGGAUGUCUAUGGGAGCUGCGAAAAUGCUGCGAAGACUAAACCCAGUGCUUGAUCGGGCUUUUCAGCAGUUUCCGCAUUAUGACCUAGUUCUUACAGGUCACAGCCUCGGCGCAGGAGUGGCCGUCUUGGUGGGGAUUAAGUUGAGGCCGAGAUAUCCGCAUUUGAAAGUGUUUGCAUUUUCUACGCCAGCGGGGCUAAUAAGUCGAGAAGCAGCACGCUACACAGAGAGUUUUGUCCUCACUGUUGGAGUUGGAGAUGACCUGGUCAUGAGGCUGAGCGUCCAUAGUAUAGAAAACCUGCGAACCAAAGUCAUACAGACCAUACAUGCAACCAAAUUACCUAAGUAUCGAAUUAUGCUGAAUGGUUUCGGCUACGCGCUCUUCGGAGUACCAGCUCGGGACCUUGAAUCCACGUGGCGAAGGCCCGAGGACCUUGAGGCCAACCAUUCCGAUGACUCCACUGACGCACUGCUGACCCAGGGCGUCUCCACCGUGAGUGCUGAGGCGGCACUAGUAUCAAGAAACGUGUUCACGCGGAGGUUUUCCACAGCCCGUCUCUUUACGCCUGGAAGGAUAUUACAUAUAGUUAGGCGCAAGCGCAUGGGCAUUGAAAAUGGAGAGACUAAAGAAGAAAGAAAAGUGCGUAUCCAAGAACCAACGUACGAAAUGAGAUGGGCAUGCGCAGAAGACUUCAUGGAAUUGCAGGUAAUGCCGCGAAUGUUGCUGGACCACUUACCUGAAAAUGUACAUAGGACUAUUGAAACUAUAGUUAGUGAAAAACACCAUUAUCGAGUUACUGCUGUUGUUUAGAAUAUGUGAAAAAAAUAUUCUGUGUUGGACGGGUUAAAACCUCAGUUGGUUCAUCCACAAUCCUUCAAGACGUGGUUCUAAGUAUUCCUAUUGUUGAAUGGUUACCAUCUAUUUUAUAAGUAACAUCGUAACCAUGGCAACGACCUUUAAACUACAUUUUACAGGCAGAGUAAGGCAUUUCGGCUUAGACUGUGAUUCAGAGACAAGUACAAAUAAACAUUACCAUCUGGCAAAUAGUAAUUGCUUUUUGACAGCUGCUGAAGUUUCGCAUUCAGCAUUCAGAGACAAGUUGUACUUACACAUGUCAGAUGACUUUCGGAUUUUGACAGCUGAAACGUUUCUAAGAUCAGAAUUAUAAGUUGGCAGGCAUGUCAAGACAUCAGAGUAUGGUCAGUUGAAAGUAACGUAUCCAGUUUACUUAGAAAUAGAUAAAUAAGUGUGGAUGUAUGUAGGAACCACAAGCGUACCGCAAUAUUUUAUUAAUGUGUAGAUAUUUUCGUAAAUGUAUGGCGUCUCAAAGAACUACAGAAGUGCAAAGUCCGACCAUAAUCUAAAAUAUCUUUCCUGUAGAAUGUGUAAUGCCUAAUUUUAAUAUAUAAAAAGUAAAAGGCCGUUAAAAAUAAGAUUUAUUUCCGCUUUUAUAUAUCAUAUAUUAUGAUACCAAUUGGUAACUGACCAAUUUUAUAAUUUUACAGAAAUUUUCCCUAUUUAAUAAUAUAUGGCACAUUAAACACAAUUAGGUAUAGUUAACCACAAUUUUCCAUAUUGUAAUACUUUUUCAAGCAAGUCUUUGUCCGAAUACACAAACACGUGCAUUAGUAUUUCACAAAAAAAUCUUUAGUAGGUACACCUCCUCAUACAAGAGUUGAGAGUAAUAUUUAAGGCCUUUGAGUAUUCAGACUAAAGACAAACCCCUCAUUCAUAAAUAUAAACCAUUUCGUCUCUAUCCGUCAAAUUAUCUUUACGCUGUGAUGAAAAGAGUCCGAAGGCUCUUAGCAUACGUAAUACUUGAAUUAUUGUAUUAAAUACAAUAAACAAGGAGAACUAAACAGAAGCUCGAAUAGAAUUUGUGAUGUAAACUGUAGAAAGUAUGGAAAAUUGACGCAUGCGAGCUGUCAAAAAAGGACACAAUCGUGUUGACGUAUAUGAAAACUUGACGUCACGUUUGAUAAAACUGUUUUUGUUUUAUUAAUGAGGGGUUAGAUAUGAGAACUCUCUUAUUGACUAUGCGUCGUUGAACGAACAAUGUAAAUAUUGUAAAUAUAUAGGUUAAGUGAAUUGUGAGAAGACUGUGAUGAUGUUUUUUAUGAGAAAUAUUCUUGUAAAGUCGCGGGGGUUGUGUAAUGUGUAAUAAUUUUGUUAAAUCAGCUUAUUAGGGACAAAUUUUAUUUGCUCAAUUGAAAGCAAUUACAAAAAAAGUUUCGAAGUCGUUGUGUGCAUUGUUAUCGGAUUUCAUGGCCGAUUUGACUUAAAUGAAAAUGUCUGAAUAAUGAAAAUUCUUGUUCAAAUUAUUUGAAGAUGUUUUAAAGUGUCAGUCGGCCAUGAAAACUACCCUUAGUACAAUAACUAGGAGUGUAAGAUGUUACCCAUGUCAAUUAAUUUAAUACAAAUUAUUAUUUAAGAAUUUCCUACAAAACCCUCUUCAGAUAGGCAUAUCCUAGGCGACAAGAUAAGUUUUAAAAUAAUGUCAGAUAAUUAAUGGACUGUGCCAAAAAAAGACGGAAACACGAAACACAUUAGUCUGUUUAGUUGCAAUGCGAUUAAAUUGUACUUUUAUCACAAAGGAUGAUUUUUGUACUUAAAGUAUUAAUGAAUUAGUAAUAUUUGGUUACCUGUGUUAUUUUGGCCCAGCCCAUUCUAUGUCUAUGGCUGUAAUAUAAUCUAUGGCCAAAAUAUUUUUAACUCAACAAAUUCAGUAAUUAACACUUAAGAGAUUGCCAAUUGUUUAUCUUGCCUUUUUUAUUAGGUAGCAUUUUGUUACAUUCCAUUUUUAUGCUUUUUUAUUUAUAGUGGUCAUGGUUAAAGUCGCUUGUACUACGGGAAAUAACGCAAUUGCAGUUACAAAUGAGGGAUUGUAGUUAUUAUGCCGCGCCUGUUUACGCUAUUGCGUAUUUAAUUUAUACGUAUCUUAAAUUGACAACAUAAAUUCGUUGAUCUGAUUUUUAUACAAGACUAAUUUUGGUGAUUUUUAUGUUUAUUUAUCAACGCUCUCAUUAUGUAUCGCGUUAUAUUUUUAUAUCCGUUCCUAUUAAUUGCUUUUUUAUUCUUAUAUUUUUAUGAAAUGGCCUCAAUUAAAAAAAAUAAGAAUCUCAAUAUUUUUAUUAUAUAACAUGAACAAAGUAUAUACUCUCCAGUAUUUUGUAAAUAUUUUACAAUUUUCUUGUCCACUAAUGUCUUUUACUUAACUCUUGUAAAUUCGAGUAUUAGAAGGACGGACGUCCUUUUCACUUGUACCCUAAAUUAGGGCUUUUUAUUCUCACUGUUUUUAGGAUACUUUAGAAUAUAAUACCAAUGUAUUGUGUUGGGUUUGUGUUAAUUUAUAAUAAAUAUAUUUUAAGUAA